AGAAUGAAAGAGCAAACACCGCCUUACGAAGCUGUCUUGCAGGGCAAGUAGGGCCGAGGUGAUCACGACGGGGAGGUGCUGUUUGUACCGUGGAUGGCAAACGAAGACAUGGGAAAGACAUUGCAGAGGCCUGUCCUCUCUCCAGAUGGCAGGCUCCUGGCAGCCAUCUCAACAGACCAGAAAAUUCACCUCGUGGACCUCGCCGAGGCCACCAAUGGCCGAAGAGCCAUCUCGGCAAUCAAAGUCCCCAAGGGGGCCCGGCCAUUCUUGAAAGAAUGCCACAUCCUGCGGUGGUCUCCAGAGACACUGGUGCUGCCGGGAGAGGCGGACGAAAUCCUCUCAAACACUACAUCAGAAUGCGAUUUGGGCUUGACGUGGUUGUUGCUCUCGGACGGCGAUCGUUUGAUCGCGUUGAGCACCGAUCUCAAAUCACCAAGGAUGAUGCCCGGGGCGCCCGACAGCGAAGACAACACCAAAUCAAACAUACUCGCCGACUACGAGCUGGGAGCACAUUUUGGGAAGCUCAGCCUUGCUGAGUUCGUCUUCAACCACCGACACGCCUUGGUGAUUUUCGAGUUUGGAACCACCGCUGCGAUACUCAGCCUCGUAAAACCACAAAGAGAAGAUGUACCACAUAUCAAAUUUCCAGACUCCCGGAGCUUCGCCAAUGCGCCCGAAGCCAAACACUUUGCGCUGCUCAGACGCGAGAAAGGUCGGGACCGGGUGACGGUUUUCGAGAUGGGACAGAGCAAUAACAUCACCUACCACUCGUUCGACACCAAUACAUCCGAUGCCCAGAGUUUGACGUGGUGUCCGGCCAAAGAUCCAAUAAUCGCGGUCUGCGACUCGGCUGCAUAUGGAGCCAAAGUCUCCUUUUUCACAGCACAAGGCCACGCCCUGAAGCAGCUGGACAUUUCUUCUGAAACAUUCACAAAGAGUAUUGAACCACCAAGUCAGCCUCUGAACAUUGACAUGGAAAGCCUGGGUAUCACACACUGGAAGUGGACGCGGGGCAGCAAGGAGGACAACAGAACCCUUCAAAUAACCGUCAACGGACAAAAGCAAGUCCUGAUCAGAUCGCAGACCAUCAAGAGCAUGUCCACGCAGACAAUCACAGCAUUUACCCACAGAGACGUUGUCGACGGGUCUCAGACAUUUGUAUGGCAGGAAACGACGCACUUACCAGACACUUCCACCCCAGUCUUCAUCCGCCAGACCGGCACAUUCGAUGCAUCGGACACGCAGAGCGAAAAGCCAUCAGACUCCACCAAACAAUCCGGGCACACAGCACAAGCACACAUCGACAUCAUCUCCCCGAAUGCCAACCACACAAUCAUAGCCACACGUAUCCGCACAAGCCCACAAACUCUGUUCCUCUGGAAACUAUCCGAGAUCAACAACGGCAACACUCAGCCUCACACGGUUCUCAUCUUCACACACCCCAUCAAACAAGUCCUCUGGCAUCCGACCUUGGCCAACGUCCUCAUCAUCCUGACCACGACUAAAACACCACGCCUGUACGCAUGGUACCAAGAGCCCCUCGCACCCAUCACGGGCAUCAUCCCGAUCGACGGCGCAACAACGACCCCCAUUCCUAAUCAUUCAACGAACUACUCCGCCACCUGGCUUUUGGGUUGCACAAGACCAGACGACCAUCGGUGUCCAUUCAUGCUCACAUCCGCAACGGCGUAUGAAGUCGGAUAUAUCGCCAGCCACGAAGGACGUCUCGUGUUCGAAAGCAUAAUCAAUCGCUCUGACAACAUGUUCGAUGGCCCUGGCGCUAUGCCAGACGGUGACGACGAGACGACGAGCAUGUUAUUCGAAAUAGACACGCCGAGCCGGCGGCCUACUGGCAAGGACCUUCUGAACCCAGACCGAGGCCAGAAGCAAAAGAAAGCGAGAUUCGAAGUCGAGCCAAAUCCGAGAACGGAUAAAGAGGGUGAGGUGUUUGCAGAGGCCGGGUAUGCUUAUUCGCGCUGGUGAUUGCGAUUGCGAUUGCGAUUGCGAAUCAUCAUUGUGUGGACACUACGAUUGAGCUUGGAGAGAGAAAGAGAAAGAACAAGGGCUUUCAACCUGAGCCCAUUUCCGCUAACCAUGGGAUAUUCUAUUCGACGUUGAUGACGACGACGAUGACGAUGACGAUGACGAUGACGAUGACGAUGACGAUUGCUAUGGCUAUCGAGUAGUGCGUCUCAAGAGAUGGGCAAUGGCAGCACAGGAAGUGCCCGGCUUGAGAAUCUUUUAUCUGUACGCAGUACAACUAGCGAAAUGACCAUGACAAUC